AUGGGUUGUUGCACGUCAAAAAAAUCAAUAAAAGUUUCGAGUUCGCCUGGAAUUCUCCGCUUAUCUAGCAGAAACAUAGAAAAAAUAGUGUUUACUGCAAAAACACCUCACACACGAUCGGUCACAAUUCAUGAAGUCUCCAAAAACCGAAGAUCAUCCCAUGUAACGCAUAGGGUUGGCCCAAUUGAGGAUCACUACACUGUUUUAGAAAAGAUUGGGUCUGGAGGAUACGGAAAUGUUUUUCAAAGUUGAAUUAAGCGCUUAUAAGUCUAUAAGCAGAUUGACCACUAUCCUAAUAUCUGGGGUAACGACCCUAGCCAAAGAUUUAGCUCCCUAGGUUAAAGCCGCCUCUUGCAGAUACCCCUUAAUCCCUAUAGACAAUAGCUAUGUGGCAGGCAAAACCUGCCUCGCCUAAAGUAGAAACAUAAAAAAAUUAGGGGAGAAAUAGCGGCAAGAUAUCCCAAAACCGAAGGCCUACUUCAAAGGUGACAGAAGCACUGUUUUUAUCUUCAUUUGGAUAGGCUCUACUCUGCUCCAUAGGAGCGCUCAACAGAGUCCUUCGUUCAUCUGACCAUUUUAUUUCUAUGUUUUUCAAGGAAUUGAUAAACAUACAGGUUUCCAUCGAGCUUUAAAAUGCAUAAAAAAAAACAAGUUAAAAACUACAAACUUAAUGAGAGAAGUAGAAAAUCUGCAGGAACUUGUAAACAUUAUAUAGGAUCAUCCUAACAUUUUGAGAGUUAUGGAAGUUCUUGAGGAUUCCGAAAAUUUUUGAAUUAUUACAGAAUUAUGUAAAGGGCCAAACCUUUUUGAAAAAAUCUCGAAAUUUGAAGUUUUCAGCGAAAAUCAAGCUGCUAAAUAUAUGCAUGAUAUAUUAUCAGCCUUAAGCCACUGCCACAAAGCUGGAAUCAUACAUAGAGACAUCAAACCUGAAAAUUUACUCUUCGAAACAAACGAUGAAAAUUCCGUAUUAAAAAUCAUUGACUUCGGGACUUCACGAAAAAUAACUGAAGACAUAAAGUGCACAGAGCUAAUAGGAACAGUAAUUUUAAAUUAGCCAUACUAUGUUGCUCCUGAAGUGCUUGAAGGCGCAUAUGAUGAGAAAUGCGACAUAUGAAGCUGCGGCGUGAUUUUGUACAUAAUGCUCUCAGGAAGUCCGCCGUUUAAUGGGUUAAAUACUGGGAAAAUAUUUAAGAAAGUAAAACAAGCUUAUUAUUCAUUUUCAGGUGCUGAAUGAGAAGGAAUUUCUGAAGACGCCAAAGACUUGAUUUCCAAGCUUCUUGAGAAAGAUCCAAACCAGCGAUACACUGCAGAAGAAGCUUUAAUGCAUAUAUGAAUUAAAAGCAGGACCUCUAAUAGCAAUAAAGGCUAUUCUGUAAAUUCAAGUGUUAUCAAUCAUCUACGACAUUUCAAUUCAAGCUGCAAACUGAAAAUUUCAGUGCUGAGGUAUAUAGCGAAUAACCUGAGCAACGCAGAAGAAAUCAAAGAAAUAAGAGAACUGUUUUUAAGACUUGAUCUCAAUGGAGAUGGCAAGCUUAGCAGAGAUGAAUUAAGAAGUGGAUGCAAAAUGCUAGGAAUCAAUAAGUCAGCUGAUAUUGAAGACAUAAUGGAAAGGUGCGAUGCUGACGGGAAUGGAUAUAUUGAUUAUACUGACAGCCCUCUUUUAAAUUGGAUAAAAAAAUCUAUUUUAAUUUUGAGGGUAAAUUUUUUUAAAAAAAAUAUAAAAAUAUUUUUCUUUAUAUAAAACUUAAAUAUUAAAAAAUGAUAAAUUGACACAAUCUUCUUAGGUUUAAUUUGUUUUAUGUAGAAUAAAUUCAAAAAAUUAAUCGAUUCAGUGUGAAAACUGUUUUAAUAAUAUUAAUUUGAAACUUUUUCCAUGAAAUUAGAUCAAAGCAAUUUUAAAUUUUCCAAUUUUAAAAAAUUUUUCAAUUUAAAUGGUGGCUAAAGUACCCAAAAAUGCAAAUUUUACCUAUAUUUUGUUCCAGUUUAAAGAGGGGAGUGAGUUCAUUAUUGCGACUAUGGAUUGGGAAAAUAAGUUAUCGAUGGAUAAACUUAGAGAAGCAUUUGAAGCUUAUGAUAUUGAUGGGACUGGAGGGAUCAGCAUAGAAAAUUUAAAGAAAUUUUUCGCUGAUGAUCUGAGCUUGAAUCCUAGUGAUUUCGAAGACAUGCUUAAGGAAGGAGAUGUUAACGGAGAUGGAAUCAUCGAUAUAAAUGAUUUCAUAGCGCUUAUGAAUUUCCGAACUUAA